AGUAAGAAACGUCACGGCUUGUAUUGAAAAAUAUUUUGAAAUCCGGUUAUGAUUAAGAUUUGGGAGGUUUUUUUUUCUUCUUCUUUUCACUCUCCCCUUUUACUAAUUGAAAUAAGAGAAAAUAUAAAAUGAGCAAAGCACCUACACAAGAACAACUCGAUGAAUGGAAGGAAGCUUUUUCUUUAUAUGACAAGAAGGGUAACAGCACUGUUUCCUCCGUCAACCUCGGUGACCUCUUGAGAGGUCUUGGACAAAACCCCACCCAAGCCGAAGUUUCUGAACUUGUCAAGGAAACCGCAAAGUCAAAGAACGUACCCGAGACUCAAGAAUUCGAUAUUGAUUUUGGUACCUUUUUGUCUAUUCUCACGCGACCUGAUGGUUUCAAGCCUGCAGGUUCUUCUCAGGAGUUCAUUCAAGGUUUCCAAGUCUUUGAUAAGGAAGGUGACGGUUAUAUUUCUGCUGGUGAAUUACGUUACGUUUUGACCAACCUUGGUGAAAAAUUGAAUGAAGAUGAAGUCAACGAACUCUUGAAGGAAGUUGAAGUUGGCAAAGACGGUCGUAUUAACUAUGUUGACUUUGUCACUAUUGUUUUGUCAAACUAAAAAAAAAAAAAAAAAGAAUACGCCAUUUUCUUCUACGCUCUAUUAAAAUAAAUCAUACAUACCUUUUUUUUUACCUACCUCCCAAAAAAAUACAUAUGAACAUUGCAUACAUCUUUGUUUAUAAAAUAUAGGGUCUCACUUUGUAUCGGCGUCUACUUGGCUGAAACUGGGUUUAUUAUUGGGUAGGCGAACUCGACGGAUGGAUCACUUCAGGGCGAAUCACUUGAGGGCGGAUUAACCGGUUCUCAGCAUUCAUGCUUAUUAAACUCAAAGGAGAGGAAAAGGCAUCACUAUAAAGAUAUGAGCAGCGUUUUUAUUUUAUCAGGUCUGCUUUAUCGCCCCCUAAUACUUCAG